GGUCUGUGUUAUGCUGGUCGCAGUGUGUCUACCAAAGCCAAUCAUCACUGGUAUGACCGCUCCGAUUUCCACUUGACUUCGAGGCCCAAUCCAACACUGCCUGUCCGAAGUUCACAGACCAACAAAGUCGACACCCCUGGAAGAUGCCGCCUGUUCAACAAAUGGAGGCUGAAUUGCUCGUUUCCCAUUGCAUGGUUACUCUCACCAUGCCCCUCAAUAUACCUUCGCAGUAUCUUGAGAAUGGUGUGUUUCCAGCCGCAAGCACACAGCCGCCACGAGGGCUAUUUCCAGCACUAGGCACUGGUACAUCUAGCGACACGAUCCUCGUGGCAACCUAAGUUCCAUUUCCCCCAUUUCCGCUACCACUGCUCUGGUUCCAGCUGUACUGAUAUGACACAUUGCACAUGUUUCCUUCUGCUGACAACUGGGUUGUGGAUGACGGAAAUCGAGUGACGCCUCCGUCAUACGAUUGACUUCUCUCCUCACCCAGUCAGAUCUACCCUGUCAGUCUCCUGCCCUACCUGGGUCUUCUCGCGUCCCCAACCUGCUGUGGGGCGGAUCUCUCCUUCAGCCUUAUCAUUAAUACGAGCUUCUUUCUCUACCCGUUGAAGCUGACUCUUGCAAUAUACCUACCUUCUUUUCAAGAAUGAGUGCGGGACUUCACCUUGGUUGAGGCAACCUCUGUGGGAUUUUUCUGGCUCUUUGUACGUACUUUGCGUAUAUUAGCUUUGCUUUGGUCGAACAUCUACCAGGGUCAAGCUGUCCGAACCCCAGUACACCUCCACCGAAGCUCUAAUUUGCGGCCUCCUUGCCAAACUGGCGCGAAGAAUGGCCGGAGCUGGGGGACCGCCGCGAAAAAGCCACACCAAGUCACGCAAGGGUUGUCGAACAUGCAAGAAGCGACACAUUCGUUGUGACGAAAAUUUCCCCCAAUGUCGGAACUGUACCAAGCACAACUGUCGAUGCGACUAUAUGGACCUCCCAGCGGCUGGUGAGGAACCACUCAAAGGCUCGAAGCCACCCGAUCUCCUUAUGUCGCCGGAGCUUCAACAGCGACUUGACAACUGGCGCAUCACUGGAGACCCUCCACUACUAGAGCUUCAAACGCGAGACAAAGUCUACUGGACUCGGUUUUCCACAAUUGAUCUUCGUCUGAUCCACCACGUUGUGACGUUAUCGACAGAUAUGCACAAUAGGGGCUACAGUACUUGUACAGUAUGGGGAUCGAGAAUCGGCUCGCUCAUCUCCGCCGCAUUGUCGCACGAUUUUGCCAUGAGCGCCUUGCUUGCUCUAUCAGCAUCCCACCUCGCGUGGCAGACGAAGAACAGCGAUACAGACAAUUUAGCGUAUCAUCACCGUGGCGUGGCUCUGAAGGGCCUUCAUGAGGCAAUUGGCGCUUUCUCGCGAGAAAACUCUGAAGCGAUCCUCGCAGCCUCUAUUCUCCUGUCGUGGCAAGCAACAGAAUGGCGCGGUUGGGCAUCUCUGCAGCAAGGGGUAUCAACAGUAAUGAGCGCCAUGAGGCCAUGGAUACACGAGUCUGAACUUGCGAGGUAUCUGCAGGACCAACGCACAAUGGCAAGGGCCGGGACCCCAGCUACGCCGACGCUACCACACACACAGUCUUCCAUUCCUCCCGAGGAUCUGCGCAGGGUCGAGCAGAUCACUACGGCCCUACAUAACCUGCAGUCCCGACUAGUUAACAGUGAGGAACUUGCAGACCAUGCAAGAUACCUGGCCGAAUACCUACAGCAACUACAGCAAGACGUGCGAACACGCAGCCCCGAGCAGGCAUUCACAAAAUUACAGCCUUUAAGAGACUUCAUCUUCUGGCUUCCACCACUCAUUCUACGUCCAGGAGAAUCUGAUCUCGCUCCACUAGCCUUGCUGUCCCACCUCUAUGCCAGUGCAAUCGCGGUUGAGUCGAUGUUUCCUGAGAUUGGUGGAGCCUACCUGGGAAGCAUGUCUGUCCAUCCCCUCGAGUGCGUCCACGAGAUAUUGGGGGCGAGACGGACGACACAGCCACACGACUCGGGGGUGCAAGUGGCUCUGUCUCUGAUCGAUAUCCCCGUACAAAUCAUGACCUCCUACCGGUUGAGGCAACGACACAACAGCCAGAGCAGUCAAAUGAUGGAUAUGUAUCGAUAUUCACCCCAAGGAAGCCCUUAUACAACACCGAGCCUCCCUAUGUCUUCCACAACAUCGGAUGUCUCGACAGCAUACACACAUUCACCUCUUCACGGUCCCGGGACCCUUUCACAAUCAGGAUCAUCAUAUUUUCAAGCUACGCUGGGCCAAGGGGAUCCGAGGCGAGAACCAUCUGUGUCAUCGUUGGGACGCACCCAUUCGAUGAGUGAGCGGUCAUUGGGUCCUGGCAGCCCACAUGGUAUGGCCAUGAUAUAUGGGAGUUCUCCACAAUACCCACGAAGCAGCCACGAAAUGCCUGGGUCAAGUAUGGACUACUUUGGGCAAAGCCAAGCACCGUACAAUCAAUACGGCAGCAUGGACAUGAAUACUCGGUUCGUCGCUCCUUCGCAACUCUGGACUUGACGAACAUCACGGCUGAGUAUUCAUCCUAGGACACCACCGCCAGCGAUGCCUCCCAUUAUGCAACAACAACACCAAGACAAGGGGAAGGAAAGACAUCGAUGACGUCGGAGGGUCGUUGAUGACGUGAGACAUGGCAUCCCGGCUACUAAUUUGCUACUAUCAGCGAGGCGUUGAGUAAGGGCGAGCAGCGAAUGGGAUCAACAGGAACGAUGUUGGGCAAACGAAGGGAAAAGACCUGUAACCACGCCCGAAAGGUUAAAAGUAUUAUCUUCAUGUCUUCGAAAGGCGUUAGCAGGCUCUUGAGUUUCUAUCUGACGUCGGUCUUGGGAUGUGGUUGCUGAACUUACUGGCGGCUACAGGGGCAGCAAUUUCUGACGUUACUUUGGGUUCUCCACGGUCUUGGGGAUGGGAAGUAAUCCUCUGGUACCGAGUCAUGGAGAUCGUGGGACGAGGAAGAGCCUGUUUCGGCCCUGUAUCCCAGGCAGCUCCUUCAACAGAGAUCAUCUGUUUUGGUAGGCUUGUUCACUGUGGAGGAAAGCAUGAUGUGAUACCGUUGUUGCCGUCUCGAUCGUGAUAGGAGUCUGCAAGGGGUCCCAACCUGCCGGGUGCUGCCACAGCUGCAGGAUAUCUGACUGGUCCUCUUCGAACUUCAACAGUCCGCAGCUGAUAACUCAGAGCUGUCGAAUGUAUUCAUGCGCUGAAGAUCAUGAAAGAACGGCUCAAGCGAGCCUCAGCCUCAGUCUCAGCCUGCUUGGCUUGAUGAUGGCUUGCCUGCAUAGAGUGCGAAUUUGGCAUCAUCUGUCACCUUUCCUAGGUACAGAACGCCUGAAGCCGGCGAACUGGUUGAAUGCAGUAAAGUCCAGUUCUAUU